CAACACUACAAAUCUAUUACAUUUAUUGAGCAAGGGCAAAUGGAAGACAUGAAAUGGUUUAAUAGCUAUUAGGAAGUUAUGCUAGUAGAUGGCGUGUCAAAUACAGACUGCUGUCACUCCGAUUGACUCCAGAAUUGUUGAAAAUGCUUGUCAGCAUCUCCGAACUGUUUCUCAGUUCCUAUUAGAAGAAAAAGAAUGUCAAGCCUCGGAUUCAAAAGGAGUAGUUGUAGUUGUUCAGGCUCUCUUAGAUUUGGAUGGGGAGAGACAACGUCUUCAUGAUGCCCUGGAGGCUGAGACAAUUAAAGCUAGUGUCCUUCGCCAUAAAUUACUUAAUGUACCGUUAGAGACAGAAAAAGAAAUUCAAAGAGCUGUAAAUGAAGCCAGACAAGCAAAUCUAAACGAAAUAAACGAAGUUCAGCAGUCGUUAAAGGAAACCAAGGACACGAUUGCAGCUUUGAAAAAUCAACUGAACGAAAUUCAUGAUCAUGAUUCUGUCUUAAACCCCAAGAUGGAGAACAUAAGUUUUACACACGAAGACAUAGUUUCUGAUCUCAACUUUCUUCUGAACGAUAAAGCUCAGGUCCAGAUAGAGUUGAAUGAUACGUGGGAAGAAGUGAAAUGUACCAAAAAGAAUAUUGGAAGAACAGAACAUGGAAUACUGCAACUUCAUGAAGAUCUGAUCAACGAGAGAGACCAGGCUAAAGUGACAAGAAAAGAUCUCCGUGCUGAGAUCCUAGACACAAAGCGUAGAAAGGAGGAGCAGUUGAGUGCAAAUGAUGUGGCUGUCAGGAAAAUUGAGCGACUCAAACUCGCUCUGGCCGAGGUUAAAGUUGAGAACCAGGACAAGCGUGCGCACCGAAAUGGAGUCCAUUUCUCUACCGAAAAGUUGGACGAAUUGACCAUUGCUCUAAAUCAAGAGGUUGAAAAUAACCAGCUCAUGUUUAAUGACCUCGCAUAUGGAGGUAAGGAGAUCGGUAGAGGAUUUGCUAUAAUGGUAAAAGAGUAUGAAGAUAGGAGGGAGGACCAAGAAAAACAACUUAAAAAGGUGCACAAAGAGCUUGCAGAGGCUUCACAAAACGCUGCAAAGUUGGAGAAGGAGCGAAAUCAGCUGCACAACACUCUAAAAGGAGCAAAGACCGCUGCUGGGCGAUCUGCGGCAUCUCUACGUCUUCUCAACGAAUCGUUGAAGAACUCGAAGCAGGAAUUACUGGACCAAUCGGAGGAAGCAGCUAGACUAAAGCGAGAUAAUGCUGAGCUGGAGUUUAGGAUACAGCAGGCUAACGAGGGGCACAAACUGAACGUGGAGCUUCUCACUGGUCAGAUUGAGGAGGUGAGAGAAUCUCUGUCGUAUGAGGUAGACCAGAAGAACGUAUGUCAGAGAGAGAGGGAGAAAUUAAGGAAGAAAGAGAUGGCGUGGAAGAAGGAGUACCAGUUUGGGAUGAACAACCUCACCAUCAGAAUACACGCUCUUAAGGAACAGAACACUAACUUUGUUCAGCAGAUCACCUCGCUAAAGAAAGACAUUGAAUCGGGUAACGAACUAGUCAUUGAGCUCCGCAAGCAAUCGUCACUGGACAAGGAUGAAAGUCUCUACGAAUGUGACGAACUUAACAACGAAAUCAUGGACCUAGAUAACUUGAUAAUAAAUACACAAGUAAAACUGGUGAAGCUGCAAGACACUUUGGACGAGAUGAAACCUGUUUUCGUUGAACUGGAGAAAGAAUACGCUGAUAAACAGCUGUUUUACGAGCAGGAGAAAAAAAUAACCGUCGACAGAAAAGGAGACAAACAGACCUUGGAGGAUAAAAUCACAAAAUUAAAAAGGGACAUUAAAAGACUACAGAUGCCCCGGGAGAAGUUAAACGCACAGAUACGGGACAGCAGGUUCAGUUCACUCAACCAAAUACGGGAACAAGCACGUGAGAAUCUAGAAACAGAACAAAACAUCAAGUUGAUGGAGGAGAAGAGAUUACUAAUGGGAAAGUCUAACGAUAAGAUCAAUGAGAAGGCUCAUCAUCUGAGAACUGAUGUGGUCGACAUCGAGGAAAAGAUAGCGAAUGCGGAAAAGAAAGUGACUCAACUGGCUAAGAAAUUGGUCGAAGAGAAAACAGCACUGAUAUCUAACUACAAAAAAGAUCUCGAAAUGGACGGGAUGUACGCUAGAGUUGAUUUGGGGAUCCUUGGUGACAUAACAGAAAUGCAUCAAACAACAGAGCAGAGACAAGAACGAGUAGCAGAUAUCCGAGCUCAGCUUGAAGAACAGAUAAGCAACAUGGACAACUUUAUUUUCAGAGUCGCAUCCCCGGCACCCACACCGAAGCCUCCUGCCACGCAAUCAAAGCAGCUACCACACUAUUCCGUUGUGCCGGACAUAAAACCCCCAUUUACGGGAGCGGGUGGUAGAAAAAACACUGCUCAGCAAAAAUACAGUUCCCAAACAGCUAAGACCUUCCUAACAAUCGAAUCAUCUAGUUCGUAGUUCGAGGCGUCCAGUGAACAGAAGAGGCAUGCCAUGGACAAGUUAGCCAUCACCAAUCACCAACCAGACCUGAUGAAUAUUCUUAAAUCUUCUCUCUUAAAGUGAUAGGCUUUACUUUAAUUUAGGUCAAAAAGCUAAAUGACUGGACAUAUCCGAAUGUGCUUUGGGCUGUUUAGUGUUUGGCAUGUUUAUUAUGUCACUGUAAUAAACGGUCGAAGAAGGGACUUUAAUGCGAGAUAUACAUUUCUGGAACUUGGAAUUUAUGUUCAGAGACUUUUAUUUGUAGAUUAAUUUGUGUGAUUAAACUUUGUAUAUAACAUUGUGAUGAGAUUUUAUUUCUGAAAUGUGAUUACGGACUUGGUUA